AAAUAAAUUCUUGUAUUUCAGAAAAUGUGCUAACUUGUAAAAAAUGCUAUUAGAGCAAACUACUUAGUUGUAAGAUGGCUGACGGAAUGAGGCCUUAUAUUGUUCCCGAGACCAGCAAAAAUAUUCAAGUGGACUAUAAAUAAUGAUAUUUUGCUGACAGACCAAGAGGAAAUCAUGAUGAAAUCCCCAAAUAUUGAUGGAAUACUGCAGAAAAUUCGGCAAUCCUCCGAGAAGCAGAGAUCGCUGGAAACAGAACAAGCACAAACACUAGCAAAGUUGAAAAAUCUUGAAUCUGGCAGAAAUGGGCCGGAUGAUGCACCUACUUUGCAGUCCCGGUUGCGUGAGCUUGAGAAGAUGAUUGAACUGGAAUCUGUUCAAAAUGAGGAACUAAUGCUCGAACUUACAUUGAAGAAAAAGCAUGACCAGGGUGGAUAUAGGCAUGAUUCUGAUCAUCAUCAGCCUGAAAUAACUGCAUAUUCACAGAUGCCGGGUACAAGCCUGUACAACACAAGUGUAUACUCUGGGGGAUUUAUCACACCACUGUCCUCAGUUACAAGUGCAGGUAGAGUUGAAAUUGCAUUUAAUUUCUCGAUAAGGAUUUGUUCUUAA